GAGCGGGGCGUGAGCCGCAGCGAGGCCACGGAGCUGGACAUCAACGGGAGGAACGCGCUGAUGGUCGCCUGCUCCAAGGGCUUCGUGGACAUCGUGCUACUGCUGCAGAAGUGUCCCUACAUCAACAUCAACCAGCAGGACAACGAUGGCAACACGGCCCUCAUGAUGGCUGCCCAGGCAGGACACAUCACCAUUGUCAACUAUCUCCUGAAUUACUACCCUGCCCUGGAGGUGGAUCAGAGGGACCCGCGGGGGCUGACAGCGCUGAUGAAGGCGGCGGUGCAGGGGCAGCAGGACUGCGUCACCGCCCUGCUCCUGGCAGGAGCUGACCUGCAGGCUGUGGAUGCCGUCAAGGGGAAGACAGCCAGGGAAUGGGCGACUUUCACCGGCCGCUUCGAGACCACCGUGCGCAUCCGGAGCCUCCUGCGGCGCCCGCGCGCCGAGCAGUUUGCAGCGCAGUACCAGCCCGAGUGGCCAGCGCUGGCCCAGCUGGUGGCCAAAGCCCUGAGCCCCAAAUCCAGGAGCAAGAGGCUCUCGGAGAAGAUCCGCUCCAUUUUCACCUUCAACAUCCCCCGCAACCCCGAGGAGGACGGCGUGCUGGACCACAUGGUGAGGAUGACCACGGCGCUCGCCAGCCCUUUCGUGGCCACCGCUUGCCAAACCGUGUGCCCCGACAGCCCGCCCGAGGUGGGCAAGCGCAGGCUGUCGGUGCCGGAGAUCCUCGGGCAGCACGUGCCAGACCCAGAGGAGGAAUCAGAAAUGUCCUCCAGGCCCAGCACGGGGGGAUCCUCCUGCAAUGGCCAGGCCGUGGCCGAGCUCCGGCCGCCGCCGCGGCCACCGCCCAGCCGGCUGCUGAGCUUCCUGCCGCUGUGGCUGCGCCGGGGCAACAGCGUCUGCCCCGGGGAGCCCGUCCCCAAAAUCAAAGUCAGCAAAGCCUCUGGCUCGGCCGCCGGGGAGAGGAAGCCACGUGUGAAGGACAAGCACCUGCUGCAGCUGCCCCAGUGGAGGUACAAGGUGCUGAAGGAGGAGAGGAAAGCGGCCGAGGAGGCCAAGACGGGGGAGAAGAAGAAGAAGAAGAAAAAGAAAGGAUAA